AUGGAUAAUGUACUCGAUGAGAUGGAGCCGCUGACUGAGUUUGUUUGCCCGCCUCUUGUGCCCCCGCGUCGUUCCUCACGGCGGUAUUCUUUGAUGAUGAAUGCCUUGUGUAUCGGCGGAGUUAUCAGUGAAUGGGAAAAGAAGGCGAUUCUCGCCAGGUUGAAAACAUGCUCCCCAGUUAUCGAGGAGGACUUCCAGCGCCGUCUUGGUGUGGUCAACGAGCGCAACACAGCCGAUUAUGUCUGUGGAAUUCAGCUUCGCGCCGCGGCGCGUACGGCCGUCGUGCAGGAGGAGCGCCGCCUAGAGUACGAGGAAAAGAAUGAAAGGAGGGAGGCGGUCUUUGCCCGUCACAAGAACUUGACAAAUAUACUACAUGAUGAGGUCAAGAUGUGCAGAGCAAGGCGAUGGUACACCAUAAUUAUUUCCCAUGUAUUCCUUACUGCCCUCAUUAAAGAGCGAAGGGUCCACGAAGCCCGCGAAAAAAUAUCUUGGAUGCUUCUUCCCAUCAUCAAAAGGCGUGCGGCUGUGCAGAGACGACGAGAAGAAGCCGCGCGCCUGACGCGAAGAAAUUUGGACAACAUACCAUUCCCCACACCUACAGUUAUUCACAGUAUGCAAGGAACUUUUUUCAAGGGGUGGCCACCUCUCUUGUUGGAGAUGUUGGCACGAAAGGCACGUCCACUAUUUCUCAAGGCGGGUAAUUUUUUGAUGCACGAGGGCGACCUUGACCGUGCCAUGUACAUGAUAACAACCGGUUCUGUCAGCGUCAUCCUCAAUGAUAGUGCAAAGGGUAAAAAACGGACAAAAGAAUGCAGCAAAGCCUGCUUCGCACUCACGCCGCCAUGCUAUGUGGGUGAGUUUGCUUUGGUAUGCAAGGAGCCUCGAAGUGCAUCUAUACAGUGCGAAACAGAUGUUGGUGCCUGGACGGUCUCACCUGAGGACUAUGAUGACGUGGCCCAGCACUUAAGCCCAGAGGUAGCAUCUAAACAGCGAGAAGCAACUGAUGUUAGACGACGAGCCAAUUUGCAGAAGUUUUUUCCUUUACGUGUUGAAUUUCUUCGUCAUUUUCCCUACUUUGAAAAAUUUAGCACCGCCGCCUUGAAUCAGAUCAUCUCAGCCGUAGAGCCAAUCGUGCUUCACGAUGGUGAUCCUCUUUUUUCAAAAUCUGAUAUGGAUUCCUCGGCGUACUUCAUCCAGGACGGUGUGGCUAUUCUUCUUGAGGAAGAUGGAGAACGUAGGCCAGUCCCGCGUGGAAGCUGUGUGGGUAUAUUUGAAUGUGCAUGUAGCGUCAACGAAAGGAAAAAAGUUACAAUCAUUAGCAAGAACUAUUGUGAUAUUUGGAGGAUGCGUCGUGAUGUUCUUUUAGAUGUUGGAAUGAGUGAGCCAGCUGCAUUUUUGUACUGUCGUGGUGCUGCGAAGUCUUAUCGUGCACAAGAGGUGGUUAAACCUACGACUGCCCCUGUUGCAGUGCGUAAGGAUCCCUACGUUUUGUUUUGCCUCACUCGUCAUUUGAUAAAUCGAUUCUGGGAAAGAAGUGUUCCCGUGAUUUAUCUUAAUGACGAGAAACUAGUGGUUCAGGGACAGCCGUUUCAGCAGUUUAUUGUCUUGCACUCGGGGGCCUUUGAAACAACAGUUAUUUCUGCGAGUGGUGAGCAUAUAACACUACGAAUCACGGUUAAUAGCGAGGGAUCCAAAGUGGAGGUCCUAUCCUCCUUGAAUAGCGGCGGCAGCAGGAACACACGUGAGAAGGGGUCCGGAUCAGAAGCAAAAAUGUUCUCUAGUUUAGUUUUGGGGGCAUACGAAUAUGCUUCAGGAAUGUCUCAGUAUUGCUCAACAGUGACUAGCUAUGGAUUGUCAGAGGCUUUUCUUGUGGACCGUGCGAGCUUUGAUGCUAUAGUGCCGCCUGAACUAAAGACCAUCAUGCAAGAAGAUAAGAAGGCACGUGAGCUCGUUCAAGCCUCUUACAAGGAGCGUGAUACGAACAAUCUUACGGCACACAUGCAUCUCAGUUUUGCAUCAACGUAUCGCAAGGCAAAGGAGACAGUGACAAAAUCUGAUGGUAAUUGGAUGUGA